CCUGUUUGCUCCCCAGGAGGGGCCGAUUUGGGGGUCCCUCGGGGCAGAGCCUGGGCCUAGGCCGAAGAGCGGCUCCGCGCGUCCCGCGGGAGGCUUCCUGACGGGACGAAGAGCAGAGAAGCGGCUCGGCGGCUGCCGGCUUUCGGGGGGACGCCUGGCCGGCUGUGAGGGGCGGCAGAAGCAGGCGUCGCCAUCAUGUUUUCCUUCAACAUGUUUGACCACCCAAUUCCCCGCGUGUUCCAGAAUCGCUUCUCCACCCAGUACCGCUGUUUCUCCGUCUCCAUGCUUGCUGGCCCGAACGACAGAUCAGAUGUGGAGAAGGGCGGAAAAAUAAUUAUGCCACCCUCUGCUUUGGAUCAACUCAGUCGGCUUAAUAUCACCUACCCGAUGUUGUUUAAACUGACUAAUAAAAAUUCAGACCGGAUGACUCACUGCGGUGUGCUUGAAUUUGUGGCUGAUGAAGGCAUUUGUUACCUUCCACACUGGAUGAUGCAGAACCUUCUCCUGGAGGAAGGGGGCCUGGUGCAGGUGGAAAGUGUCAACCUUCAAGUAGCCACCUACUCCAAAUUUCAGCCCCAAAGUCCUGAUUUCCUUGACAUCACCAACCCUAAAGCAGUAUUGGAAAACGCGCUCCGAAAUUUUGCUUGCCUGACCACUGGAGACGUCAUUGCCAUCAACUACAAUGAGAAGAUCUAUGAACUUCGAGUCAUGGAGACCAAGCCUGACAAAGCCGUGUCCAUCAUUGAAUGCGACAUGAAUGUGGACUUUGAUGCACCUUUGGGUUACAAAGAGCCAGAAAGACAAACGCCUCACGAGGAGUCUGCUGAUGUUGAAGCAGAUCACAGCGGUUAUGUGAGUGACCUGGGAUUCCGUGCAUUUUCUGGAUCUGGGAACAGGCUGGAUGGAAAAAAGAAGGGGGUUGAACCAAGUCCCUCUCCAAUUAAACCAGGAGACAUCCGACGGGGCAUUCCAAAUUACGACUUCAAAAUCGGCAAGAUCACAUUCAUUCGAAAUUCUCGGCCGCUGGUCAAGAAAAUAGAAGAGGAUGACGCUGGAAGCCGUUUCGUUGCAUUUUCUGGAGAAGGCCAGUCCCUGCGCAAGAAAGGAAGAAAACCCUAAAUUCUGCGGUCAGAAGACAAUAAAAUAACCAUGUAGCAUUUCUGGCAAGACUGCUUGUUUUCAGUGGGACACAUUAAUACAUUCAGCAGGAAGUGAAGAUCAGGUUCUGAAGUUGCAUUCUCAUGUUAAGAAAGUGGAGCUGCCCUAACGAAGAGCGCCUUCUAAGAAGCGGGUUUGGGAGAGUUCGGCUCUAAGCCGGGCCCUGCUUUCGCCCUCCUGCGAAGCAGAGUGACUCCACUGCCAUGGGGGACGGAUGACUUGGGGGGCAAGCUAUCAUCGCCCACUUCCCCAGCCACCCAUUCUCCUUUUAGGAGAACAGAGCAGUAUUUGUGUAACGGCUUUCUCUGCAGCAAUAAAGCUGGUUUGUUACCAAGUA